GGGCUGCUACACCUUAUUUACUCCUCAAUCCUCGUUUCUUUCUUUUCUUUUAUGCGCAGCUUACCCUCUUGUCUCCAGUGUAUAUCGUAGCUGCUGCACAUCAUCAUCAUGGCGGCAAUCGACGGCCAAACCGAGGAGCUGCCAUGGUUCCUGAGGACCUCAUAUCCCGUCCUCUUCUCUUCACACGAAGCCCUAUUCAAGUCUCAUGCCGAGUAUGACAGCUUCCUCGUCAAUGAACUGCGGGGCUUACACAGGGUCAUGUCGCUCGAGUCUCUGGAAGACUCCAUGGAUGGCGCGACUUUGACUGCUGAAGAGAAGGAAUUAAUACUAAAAGAGAAAAAAAAUGACGACGAAAAGUUUUUCAAUCUCAUGUUGACGGAGAAUUCCGACGUUGCUUUUCGCUCUACCAACAGCCCAGUAGUGGACCUCUUUUACGAACUGGAAGAGGUCGUUUCUGGCCCGCGCCUGCAGGAGCUUCUCGAAGCCGCAUGGGCUGAGCAGCCGCUGGUCACCUUGAAAAUCAUCUUCAAUGCGCGCUCCAUCCACCUGGGCAAGAGCUCCAAACACGUCUUCUACCGCGCCGCUGGCUGGUUGGCAGAAAACCAUCCGCUUACUCUGGUCGGUAACCUGCGGUGGCUGACCCGGCCGGUUAUCGAGAAGAAGGUGAGAAAGGAGGGCGAGAAGGACCCUGACGAAGGGUUUGUCAAGGUGGAGAAGCGAGAUGGGAUUGAAGAUGCCGUGGAUCGAUUCGAUGUUCAAUACGGAGUUUCGCAUGGCUAUUGGAAGGAUUUGCUCAAUCUUCUGGCCUUGGCGGCGGAGAAGAAGCUCAAGGUGCUUGAGAAUCCGAGGGACGUAUUGAACGUGGAGAAUGAGGUCAUUAAGACAAGGGUUAUGAGGCGACGACAGCAGAAACAGGAUCCCGCAGGUGCCGAAAGAAGUGGAAGGACGGCAAAACGAAUUGCAAAGGAAAAGAAGAGGAAAGCCGAGAAGAAAGCCGCGGAGAUUGAGCAUGCGCUGGAAGAAAAGACAGUACACAUUGGAAACCCAAUCUUGGCCAAGCAUGCAGCGAGGGACGCCAAACAUGAGGCUCUCAUGAACCUGUUUGAGGCCAACGCCUUUUACCGAACGCUGCAUAUUACCGUGGCUCGGCUCUUUGCUGAACAGCUCCAUGCAGACCUAGAAGCCCUCCGGAGUUCUGAUUCCAAGGCCAAGAAAGGCAUCUCGCUUUGUGCGAAAUGGGCUCCCUCACAUGGCAAUUUCCACGACAGGCAUACCUGCAUAAUCAGCUCCAUCGCCGAGAUCCUGUACCCUCGAGAGUCUCUCGGUAGCGCCGUCUCUGCCACCACGAGCCGACAAGUGUAUCUUCGCCAUGCCCGCGAGCAAUAUCGCAAAGACGUGUCCGCGCUGAGAAAGCAUCUCGAGGUUGUGGAGCGGGACAUUAGCGCCAAGGCGUUUGAGAAGAUCAAAUAUGACCGCGUGCCGUCCAUUGCGAUGAAGAACUAUAUGAAUCUCUUUGCCAAGAAGGACUUGGACAACUUCCGCAGAUAUAUAGACCAAGUGGCCGAGGGGAAAGCAAGAAUUUCCGGCGCUGUUUUGAUGCCUUCUACAUUAGUGAAGAUGGCAUCUGGCCUCGAAAUUUAUGCCGAUAGGGAUCUGGAUGAGUUGACGGCAGCCGAGCUGAUGGACCACACUAUCAAGGAGAUUGAGGCAAAGGCUGUAGACGGCCAGUGGAAGGCUCUUGUUCAGCGGAUAAAGGAUUCUGGCACCUUGUCGUCUUGCAUCGCGGUAUGCGACGUCUCCGGGAGCAUGAGUUAUCCCGUAUUCAAGGACAAGACGAGGCCCUUGGAUUCUGCGGUUGGUCUAUCGCUUCUAAUCGCCGAGGUGACUGAGCCUCCAUUCGGCGGCAAGUUCAUCACGUUCCAUUCGCACCCCGAAAUGAUAUCCGUUGAUACGACAAUGACACUGUCUGAGAAGGUGGACGAGAUGGAAAACUCAGCGUGGGGGAUGAACACAGACUUUGCUGCCGUUUUCGAAAAGCUCAUCCUCCCGGUGGCUAUUGAGAACAAUCUGAAGCAGGAGGACAUGGUGAAGCGCGUGUUUGUGUUUAGUGACAUGCAGUUUGAUGAGGCGGAAAAAAGCAUGGAAAAUCGGUGGUCUUCGUCUUCUUACGAGAGGAUCAAGAGAAAGUACGAGGAGCAUGGCUAUGAGAUGCCCGAGCUGGUGUUUUGGAACAUCGCGGGUGGAAGGGCGGGUUAUAGCAGCGACGAAGACGAGAAAGACGACGAAGGCGAGAAAGGCGAUGAAACUGCGCCUAAGCCUGUGCUUGCGGAAGAACCGGGCACGGCUUUGGUGAGUGGAUAUUCACAGGGUAUGUUGAAGGUGUUUAUGGACAAUGGGAUGUUUGAUGGAGAGGAAGGGGAGGAUGAAGAUGAAGAGGAGGAGGAGGAGGAAGAGGGGGAGAACAAGGACGGGGAGGAUAAGGAGGAGAGUCCCGUAAAGACGUUGAAGAAGAAGAAGAAGAAGGAGAAGAAGAUCAAUCCAUUGAUGACGGUGAAGAAGGCAAUUUCGCAUAAAGGAUAUACCAUGCUGGAAGUAUUAGAUUGAAUGCAUAUAGGCAUUUAGGACAAUAUUAAAAGAACCAUCUUGAUCUCGAA